AUGGGUCCCAAAAUAGUGGAGACGGCAUUAUGGCUUUUAUUAUUUGGUAUUGCAAAUGCUCUACCAGACGAUAUGCCUUCAGAAUUUGAAUUUAUGGAAUACUCGACCAACGUUGACGACCCAAAAUACAGGUUACUAGACAACGUGAGACCGACCUACUUCUACGUAAACCUUGAUGUUUAUCUGGCAGAAUCUAGAUUCGAUGGCUUAGUCCAGGCUCAUGUGGAGGUUCAACAAAAUGUCACACAAAUUGUGAUGCACCAAAAUGUUGUGUCUAUCCGUGCUAUAAAUGUAAUUGAUGGAAGCGGGAGAUCCGUAGCAGUUAAAGAUUUUGAUACAGAUUCAUAUUAUGAAAUAUUAAAUAUCAACUUUGUAAAUGUAGUUACUCCGGGUAAUUAUAUUAUAACCAUUAACUAUCUUGGCCGCAUCAAUGAAAAUCCACACGAUCGAGGAUUUUAUAAGGGUUACUACUACUACGGAAAUGUAAAACGGGAGUAUGCUACAACACAAUUCCAACCUUAUCACGCGAGAAAAGCAUUCCCCUGUUUCGACGAACCUCAAUUCAAAUGCCCUUUCGUAAUUUCAAUUACCAGGGAUUCAAAUCUUAGGCCAUCUUUUUCUAAUAUGGCUAUCAACCAAACCCAAGUAUUACAAAAUCGGGUUCGUGAAACUUUCUUUCCUACACCAGUUAUCUCUGCUUACCUCAUCGCUUUUCACGUCAGUGACUUUGUAGCUACUAAUUAUACAAGUACUGCAGAAAAGCCGUUCCAAAUCGUAUCUCGUGAAGGCCCCGUCGAUCAGCACCGCUAUGCCGCUGAAGUUGGAGUGAACAUUACGAAUCAAAUGAGUGAGUUCUUUGACAUUGACUACUAUGGAACGGGUCAAGGGCAAUUAAUGAAAAAUGAUCAUAUCGCACUACCUGAUUUCCCAUCUGGCGCUAUGGAAAAUUGGGGAAUGGUAAAUUACAGAGAAGCUUAUCUUCUCUACCAUGAAGACCAUACAAACGUUAUUGAUCAGAUAUUUAUUGUAUCAAUAAUCGCUCAUGAAAUGGCUCAUAAGUGGUUUGGAAAUUUGGUAACUUGCUUCUGGUGGAGUAAUCUUUGGCUAAAUGAAUCUUUUGCGAGCUACUUUGAGUAUUUCAGUGCUCAUCUAGCACAUCCAGCUUUAGAAAUAGCUGACCGUUUUGUUACCGCACACGUUCAAAGAGCUUUAACAGCUGACGCAGGGGCAUCAAUAACUCCUAUGAAUUGGACUGAAGUCGCAAAUACCUCAACAAUUACAGCAAAUUUUGGUACAAGCAGUUACACAAAGGGAUCAUCAGUGUUAAGAAUGUUGGAACAUUUUGUUGGCUAUGUUACCUUCAGAAAUGCUUUGAGAUACUACUUGAAAGACAAUCUAUAUGGAAUUGGAUAUCCAGUCGACAUGUACAAUGCAUUCAGAAGAGCUGUAGCAGAAGAUUCUUCUUUUCAAACCUCUUAUCCAAAUAUAGAUAUCGGAGCAGUAUUUGAGAGCUGGGUACAAAAUCCCGGAUCUCCAGUAAUUAAUGUUGAUGUCAAUAUGAGAACUGGUCUCAUAAAUAUAACUCAGGAGCGAUUCCAACUUACUGGUACUCCACGUGAUACAAUUUGGCAAAUUCCACUUACUUGGACUCAUGGAGGUAACCCCAAUUUCGAGAAUCUCAAACCUAGCCUGGUGCUCACAACCAAAUCAACUACCAUCCAAAAAGAAGCUGGUCAUCAUUGGGUCCUCUUUAAUAAUCAACAUUCAGGGCUUUAUCGUGUUAACUAUGAUGACCAUAAUUGGGAAAUGAUUGCGUCACAAUUACGAAGAAAUAAAAAUGUCAUACAUAGACUAAAUAGAGCACAGAUCACCAAUGACGUUCUAUUUUUCGUCCGUGCUGGAAAAAUCAGCAUAAGGAGAGCAUUUGAUGUUCUAUCUUAUAUGAAAGAUGAAAGUGAUUACUAUGCGUGGAAUAGGGCGCUUAUUCAACUUGAUUGGAUUCGAAGAAGAUUGGAACAUUUACCUGCAGCUCAUGAAGAAUUUAGUAAAUACCUUUUAUCACAAAUGCAAGGAGCAAUCGAUCAACUUGGUUACGAAGAAAGAUCGAAUGAUACAGCUUCUGAUAUUCAAAGUAGAAUGCAAAUAAUGGACUACGCGUGCGAACUUGGGCAUGAAGGAUGUAUUGCUGACAGUCUUAAUAAAUGGAGACAGUUUAGAACGAACGCUAGUUACAUGGUACCGAAGAAUGCUCGCCGUUAUGUCUAUUGCACUGGUCUACGUGAAGGAAAUGCAGAGGACUUCGAAUUUUUGUUCAACAGAUAUAAUAACUCAGAACACGCUUCCGAUAUGGUUGUCAUGCUUCGGACCCUCGCUUGUACAAAGCAUCAGGCAUCAUUGAGAACAUAUUUGCAUCAAACAUUACAUAAUGACAAAAUAAGAGUCCACGAUAAAAAUAAUGCAUUUAGUUAUGCGCUUCAAGGAAACAGAGAAAAUCUUAGAACAGUCCUUGAAUUCUUAUAUAGUAACUACAGGGAAAUAGAAGAAAAAUAUGGUGGUCGAGCAAGAUUGUCCACGGCUAUACAAGCUUUGGCAACAUAUUUGACUGAUUUUAAUGAUAUUGUUAAUUUCCAAUCAUGGCUAUACCGAGAACAGGUCGGAUUAGGAGCAGCUUUCCCUGCUGGGGUGGGAGUCAUAAACAGUGCUCUUCGCAACUUACGCUGGGGUAACAGCGUCGCUGUAGAAAUUUUUGAAAAUAUUCGAAGCACUAAUACAUCUGCCUCCUUGGCUGCUUCUAUAUCUGUUUUGAUUUUGGCACUGUUUGUCCAAUUACUAAGAUAA